UGCACGUAGUGGGCAUGGGCGAGGUGUGGGGGAGAGAGUUACCCGGCAUAUCAGAGGACAAGUCAGACAAGAGGAAAGAGGCAAAGGAACGGGCAGAGAAGAUGAAGAUAGCAUGGAGGUACGAGGGGCUGGGCCAGUUCGAGACUGCAAGAGGGUCUCCAAAUGUGCAGAGGACUGUGAGCCAAGGCGAUGGCACAACGGAAGAACAAGUCGUGUUUUGCCAUACUUUCGAUCUCGCAAAGCGCCUUACCCUGCCGGUAGGGACGGCAAUAAAUUAUGUGCCCAUACCAUCACCAGCAGGCACUUCCGCAUCACCAUUCCCUUCGAUACUGCAGAAUAUACGGCAGCAACUUGCCUCGACGCCAGCCCACACAAUUCAUCGGAUUGUGAUACCGUCUCUUCUUUCGCCCGCCCUGUAUCCUUCGUCAUCGGCGCAUCCAACCGCUAUACUCCAGUUCCUCCACGGUCUCCGAGCACUGCUACGGCAGUACUCCACUCGCCUGACUGCUCUCAUAACACUUCCAUUGACUCUAUACCCUCGGUCCUCUGGCCUUGUCCGCUGGAUGGAGAUCCUCUCGGAUGGAGUCUUCGAGCUGUCGCCAUUCCCCUACUCGCGGAUGCAAGCGCUCGCGCAGUCAGCGGGCGCAACCAAGGACGAGGAGCGACCACAGGGCAUGUUUGCAGUACACAAACUACCCGUGUUCCAUGAGAGAGGCGGCGGUGGAAGCGUCGAGGAUCUGGGCGAGGAUAUGGCGUUUACGUUGAGCCGGCGAAAGUUUGUGAUUGCAAAGUUUAGCUUGCCGCCGCUCGAAGGCGAUACUGAGGCACAAGAGGAGGCAGUCAGAGAGGCAGCUGGCGGAAGCGCCAUGCCGAAGAAGCAGGAUUUAGAGUUCUAGAACGCGCAAUUCGUCUGAUGCGUAGGAUACCCGGCAGGGCACCGAGAUGGCGGCAUGGCGUAUACUUGAUCGACCCAUGUACCUCCUUAUUCAUUCCGAAUCGCUGUCCUCCCCAAGCAUGUCCUCCAUUUCGAUCUGCUCCCACCCUGCACUGCCAGCCCCAGACCCGAAUCCUCGUGUGUAGGUGCGGCCGAAAGAUGCGUUGCGAGGAUUUAGUGUGACGCCGGCGAAUCUGGCACGGAAGCC